GGUAAACAAUCGUCAGUCCGCUUUCCACCCAGUUGCAUAAUUUGCAAUUCAAGCAGUGUAAACCAGAUUGUAUACUUACAGUUUUUAUCAGAUUGCCGGCAUCGUUUAUUCAGUGUGUUCCACCAUGAAGUAUAUCAUCGUUUUCGCUGCUGUUAUCGGAAUUGCUUAUGCGACGCCGGUUAAACGCGCCGUCAGCGCUCAGAACCCACCGGUAUGGACGGCUCUUGACCAGUUAAGCGGGCGGAAUAAGUUGAGCACCGCGGAUAUCUAUAACCUGUAUGUCAGUGCUCGUGCUGGACAGGAUUAUCCCACAUACAACGCUAACGAUAUUCCCCAAGGCAACUGGGACUGCUCCGCUCACGCACCGGGUUAUUAUGCCGACACUGACUUUAAGUGCCAAGUUGUUCGCCGAUGUGACGUCAACGGUAACUUAACCUCGCACAUCUGCCCCAACAUGACGCUCUUCAACCAAAUCACCCUGGUCUGCCACUGGUUCUGGGAAGUCGACUGCAGCCAGGCCCAGAAGUUCUACGACUACAGUAACAGCCGUCUGUAUCAGGGCGCUGAUGUGCCGCUGCUGGAUAACCAGGAAAACUACCAGACCGUCAAUUUGGGUGCCCAAGGCCGCUCGGAUCUGUAUACGUUGACGUGGGACGUCAAACCGAUUGCCGGGAAUGCGAAGAAAUAGAGAUGAUCGCUGCAUGAUCUUGCAUUUUUUGUGAUUUGUUGGUUUUCUUGCCCAAGCGAUCCUGUAAGGCUUUGCUUUUAGUGUUCUCAUAAUAUUCUGGAUUCUGUAAAUUUUUGCACCGAUUGUAAAAUUGUAGUUCAAAGUGAUAUUAAGUAUCAAAGACGAUUGUUAGAAUCUUGCAUUUCUACCUGUUACAACUUGUGUUUUGUACUAACCCGACCGCCGGCAACUGGCGGCGAACAGCUAUAGUAUUUCACCACUGUUUAACAUUUUCACCUACAAAACCGUUCUAGUAUGUGAACGGUGAACGAACACUUAGAAAAUCCAAAUUGCGAAAUGGCAUCAGA